GGCAUUUACUGUUAUCAAUAUUUUGACUGUGGGGAGGGUGAUUUCCUGUUUAACCAGGAAGCAUCUCUAACUAGUCCUCCUGCAGACGGAUCGCAGACAUGGCUGAACCCACGCUUACGGUCACCGUGGCAUACGCCAGCGUCAAGCACAGCGUCGCCCUGCCGGCGCCGGCCGAAGCAGAGCCGCUGCUGCGGGACCUGGCCGAGGAAGUGGCCCGUUUGACCGGUGUGCCGGUCACUUCCCAAAAGCUCAUCUUCAAAGGGAGGUCAUUAAAGGAAAUGGACCAAACCCUGGCCAGCUUUGGGGUGAAAGAAGGCGCUAAGAUCAUGAUGAUAGGAAAGAGGAAUAGUCCAGAGGAAGAAGCAGAGCUGAAGAAGCUGAAAGAUAUCGAGAAGUCUGUUGAGCAGACGGCUAAGAAGCUGGACAAAGUAGACGGGGAAUUGACGGGUUUGAAAAAUGGUUUCUUAGCAAAGGACCUACAAGCAGAAGCUUUGAACAAGUUGGAUCAGAGGGUGAAGGGGGCAGCUGAGCAGUUCAUGAAGAUCCUGGAGCAGAUGGACGCCAUGACCUUGCCUGAGAAUUUCAGCGAUAGCAGGAUGAAGAAAAAAGGCUUGAUUAAAACCGUCCAGACCGGUCUUGCCCAGUGUGACCGAAUCGAAGCUGGAAUUUCUGAACAUCUUGCAAAAAUCCAGUCCAAGAACCUGGCACUGGUGGACUAGGCCGGAAGGGGCUUUCUGUGUAAAUAGCACACCGCUCUGUGAGCGGCUCGUAGACCUGCACUGUGCUCCUCCUCUGGAGCAACCUAUUUAUCUGUCAUGAAUUAAACUGGACUUGUUACCACAACAACAAAGAUCAGGAACUGCCGUGAUAUCGCAGUUUGAUUUAGUCUAAAUCAGGGAUUUGUUUCUUUGAAGUGUGUUCCUUGUUGGAUACUCUACGGCACUUCUGAAGUCGUCCACCUUGGUGCUGUCCACUCCUCCUCCCAUCUUCAGGUGCAAGCAGGUCUUAAGGAGCUUUGUAAUCAUUUUCUCUGUGCUCCUACGCUUAGUAAUCCCUGUGUUACACCUUAAUUUUCAGGUCCCACUGUGUACUCAGCUUUCUUUUUUUAUGUAACCUAUACAAUAAGUACUGUAGCUAAGUUUCUGUACAAGGAAGAACGUUCCCGCUAUAAAAUGAUCUGGUUCACUUAUGUACCUCAGGUCAAGGCACAGACUGGCUUUCAAAUUCAUCAAGUUGUCUCCUUGUUCAUGAUCCAUUUUGCAAUCCAAGUGAAUUUUUAAUAAUGAUGCACAUAUGGUUAUUGUAAGGGCAAAUUAGCAAACAUGUACCUUCCUGUUAGUGCAAACUGAUUAAUUCCUGUAAACCUAAUUUGGGGAAAAUGGAUAAACAUGUUUCUCACUGGGAACCAGAAUGAGAACCACUGUCACAAGUCUCUGAACCGAAACCCGGUGGGAAAGUGAGGCGAAACUUGAGGCCUUCGUGGAUUUUUAAGCGACUUGUUUCUAUACCAUUUUAUUCCCCCCACUUUGGUCUGCAUUUUAAUUUUCAUAAAAGCAGAGAAACAUUCAAGUGUUCAAUCUUACACACUAACAGUGCAACUCAGUAAAAACAUUUAUCUCUGCACCUUCAA